AUGGUAGACAAGUCAGAAGUUGAAGCUAGUCAUCCCCCAGUUGACACCAUAAUCAUCAAUCAUAAGAAUACACCUAUGCCUGCUAGCCCCUUCAAAGCCUUUGAAAGCAAUGAUACUAAUAGAAGACUAAUUGAGCAGAAUAAUUAUACCAAUCAGAGUCUAAUUGUCAUAGGGAAACAACUGGAUACAAUUGAAACUAAGAUUGACAAGAUAAGUCCCCCAGAAACUAAGUUUAAACCAAAAAUUGAAAAACCAAUAGUUCAGUUCCAGGAUCUUAAGUCAAGCCCCACGCUUAAGAUUAAACCUACAAUAAAGAAAAUUGAAGAAAUGUUAGAACAGUUGACCCCAAGUAAAGCUGAAAAAUCUGGUCUUAAAACACUAGAUUCUUUUGCAAUCACGAACCCCUCUGAGUCUGAACCUGAGACAACAGAAUCCGAAACUAGUAAUAUUUCAAAAUUAGAAAAUGCUUUCAAAAAUCUGGAAGUCCAAGUUGAACCCAAAAUCAAAAGAUUAGAUAGACACAUAAGCCCUACUAGCUUAACCAAAAAUUGGUACCCUAGACCAACUCCUCCAGAUAUUCAGUUUGAAGAAAGAAACUUCCAAACCCAGUUUUCAGUUUCUUCUGAUAAAUUGUACGAAUGGAAUAUUGAUGGUCUGUCUGAGCAAGAAAUCUUUAAUAAGUUACAACAUAUGUCCAUGGUUGCCAACAGUUACAUCACCAAUCACAGUUUCAGACAAUCUGAGAUUGUACCCCUGUUAGUUACUGGGUUUACCGGUACUCUCAGGUAUUGGUGGGAUAAGCACUUAACCCCUGAGUCCAAAAAUCUGAUCAUUCAUGCUGUAAAACUUAAUGAAGAUGGUCUCCCUAUAUUUGACGAACAAAUAGGUCAAGGUAUAGAAGACGGAGUCAACACUUUGUUUUACACAAUAAUUGAGCAUUUCAUUGGAAACCCUAGUAAUACUACUGCCAAGAUCCAUGACCAGCUUAGUAAUCUUAAAUGUCCUAAGUUGUCUGAUUUCAGAUGGUACAAAGAUGUCUUCGUCUCUAGAGUCAUGCUUAGGGAUGAUAGUAAUCAACCUUUCUGGAAAGAAAAAUUUGUUAAUGGUCUUCCAAAUUUGUUUGCCCACAAAACACGCACGACCCUGAGUAAUGAACAAGGCCAUAUAGAUUGGGAUAGCUUAACAUAUGGAAAUAUCAUAAGUACAAUCAACCAAGUUGGUAUGAGAAUGUGUAUUGAUUUUAAAAUUGGUAGAAAAAUACAGUCCGAUAGGAAAUCAGCUAAAUAUGAAUUAGGAAAUUUCUAUGAACAGUAUGGUCUUGCCAGCAUCCCUCCUUCCAGGAAAAAUAAGCCUAGUUAUCCCAGUCACAUUCGAAAACAUCGUCAUUAUUCGCGUAGAAAACAUAUGGAAAUAUCAUAA